AUGUUACAUUAUUUUAUUUUUUAUGUAACCAUCAGUUUCAAUCCACUCGUCUUUCAGCACUCACAAUCAACCACUAGACUGCUACUUUCUAUCAGAAUUAUCAAAGAAGAAAUGACAAAGCUACACAGUUCUUCUCCAAGUUCAGCAUCCUCAAAGCUAGGAAUUGACAGAGAUUCUCAUGCAAUAUCAAAGUUCAAGUCAGAGAUUAGGAUAGUUCAUGUAUUUGCUCCUGAAAUAAUUGAAAUUGAUGCUGCGAAUUUCAGAGAGUUAGUUCAGAAACUCACAGGAAAGCCAGAAGAAGGGAGAGGUAGAAGAAAGUCCAAAACUGCACUAACCAAAGAUCCAUUGGAUUCACACUGCAUGGAGGCCUUCAUCAUUCAAGAUGAAGGAGUUUCUGAGUCUGCAAAAUGGGAUAAGGGUAAAAAAUGA